AUGGCCAAUUCUACCAACGACGGCGCGGCCGCCACCGUUUCAAUUACCGUCGAGUUCACGUACCGUUCCCGCAAUGUCCCAGAUUACUUGCAGCCUCUAACCAAAUCUAAUAGUGGUGGACUCGAAAUUCUGUUUUCCAAUGAGCGCAAACACACUAUCACACUCCCGGCCCGUCUAGACGAUGCAAGCCAGCCGACAAUUGCAUACCUACUUCAACACCUAGUGGACAAUCUCAUGAAGGACGACAGGAAGGAACUUUUUAUCAUGGAAGACAAUGUCCGACCUGGAAUUCUUGUCCUGAUCAACGACGCCGACUGGGAGCUAGAGGGCGAGGAGAACUAUGAGCUUCAACAAGGGGAUAACAUUGUAUUCGUUUCAACUCUGCAUGGAGGCUAG